CACGACAACAUGAUCAUACAGUCCAUUGCUCUGUUGGAUCAGCUGGACAAAGACAUCAACACCUUCACCAUGCGUGUUCGUGAAUGGUACGGCUACCACUUCCCAGAGCUGAUCAAGAUCGUGUCAGACAACUUUAUGUACUGCCGCAUGGCUCAGCUCAUUGGAAACCGCAAGGAGUUGUCAGAAGAGAGUCUGCCGAGUCUGGAGGAAGUGGUGAUGGACGCAGCCAAAGCUCAGGCAAUUCUGGAUGCUUCUCGUUCCUCCAUGGGUAUGGACAUCUCUCCCAUUGACCUGAUCAACAUAGAGAGAUUCUCUCAUCGCGUAGUGUCUCUGGCCAGCUAUCGGCUGGAGCUGCAGGAGUACCUGCGUUCCAAGAUGGUCCAAGUAGCACCAAAUCUAGCGGCCUUAAUUGGAGAUGUGGUGGGAGCUCGUCUGAUCUCCCAUGCGGGAAGUCUAACCAACCUGGCCAAGUACCCGGCCUCCACAGUCCAGAUCCUGGGAGCAGAGAAGGCCCUGUUCAGAGCCCUAAAGACUAAAGGAAACACCCCAAAGUAUGGGCUCAUCUUCCACUCCACCUUUAUUGGACGUGCUGCUGCCAAGAACAAAGGACGCAUCUCCAGAUAUCUGGCAAACAAAUGCACCAUCGCCUCACGCAUUGACUGUUUCUCUGAGGUAC